UUUUAUACAGUACCUUGAUCCCGGAAGUUGAGGUGCAAGAAGAACAUCACAAUAUAAUUUCAAGAUUAUUCAGUUUGUGCCACUAUUUGACAUGAAAGGUGUUUGCAGGAAGAAUGGGAGAGUUACUACGGCAACACAUUGAUGAUCUCUGCAAUGCAGACUCCAGAUAUCGAUCAUCGUUAAAUGUCAUCAUCAAAUAUGAAAUCCAGUGCCUACUGGAGCGGUUGUCAAGGACGGGGGAGGAGGCUGUUGUCAUAACGACUAGUGUGGACCCCAGCUGUCCAGGCUACCUGGGCAGUUGUAAGGGGGAACAAUUCAUACAGGACAAUGAUACAUUGGCCUUGUUGCACUCCCAACUCAUUGACUUUUGCAAAGGUGCCCAGCCGGGUGCAGACACUGAGGAAUGUGCACACAGCCUGCCUGGGGAGCCAGGGCCGGAUAGUGAUGAGGAUGAACACAGCCUGCCAGGGCCCACCUCAGAUAAGCCAGAACAGGAUGAUGCCAUGCCAGUGUUAAGCAGAGAGUCUGAUGCCUCACCCAGCCCUGACCAGCCUCAUUCCAGCAGAACUCCCCACCUGAAUACCUUGCUCAAAGAAACAGCCUUGAUCUCCCACAUCGCUCAUUCCACAGGCUCAACUGCAGUGCCUUCGGGAACUGAUCUGGCAGACCCAACAGUAUUUCCAUAUCUUGCACAGAAACGAAAAACUGAAGAUGACUUGAGUCAUCAAGCUAAAGUCCUAAAGCUUAUGAAGCUGGUAGAAACACAACGAGCCAGGAAGUCUGCAGAAAAGAUGAUUAAGAAAGAACCCUUGUCACCUGUGGGUACUACCCCAACUUUAUCAGUGGGUGAGUCAAACAUGAGGAAUGUCAUUCCCAAUAACAACUUAACAAACAGUGUAUAUAUUCCUGUGUUUCCUAAAGCCAAAGUGUUGAAGCUGCUGGGACCUGCCAGCAGUAAGUUACGGGCUCAGUAUGCCGCUCAACAGGCAGCGCAGAAUAAACCUGAACAGAAACUGCUCACUCCUUUAUCUACAAUCAAGGACUUCAACUCGGCUAACAAAUCAGUAGAGAGCUCCUCUAACCUGGCCUUUAACUCACCCAUUAGAAAAAUGGCUGUUGGUAAAACGGAUGUGAACGCCAAUAAGAAUAUAUCACCAGUUACAAUGAAGAGUCCUGAGAUGUCACGUCAAUCAGCAAGCCAUAUCAUUCAACUUCCAAAUGCUCCAACUAAGGUGUCCCCAUCAGUUCCAGGCAAGUCUAAGGUGUCCCCAUCUGUUCCAGGCAAGUCUCUGGUGCUUACCAUCACCACAUGCUACAUCUGCCGACAGGAGUUUGCCUCAUAUGUAUUGCUUAAGGAACACAUGAAGGAGCAUUCUGAUCAGGAUAAGCAGGCAGCUGAGGGUAAUGAUGCUCCAGAGGCCAAAAUUGCGUGUGGACUGUGCGGUGUAGAGUGCCUUAAGAAAGACAUGGGUGAACAUUUUAAGACCCAUGGUAUCAGUGACGGAGGGACUCAGAAUGCUGAUCAUUCUGUGAAUGCUGCUGAGGAAACUGAUAUGGAACAUUCCAUGAAUAUAGCUAGCAGGUCUUAUAUUGAAGACACAAUGGAUGAGGACAGCAAUGACAUGAAUGAAGUAGAAGAGGGAGGCAAUUCUGCAGGAAUUAUUAACUGUGGUAUUUGCAAAACACAAUGCUCACAGGAGCAGCUGUUUGAACAUAUGGAAAGACAUAACCAGAAAGCAGAUCGUCUAAACAUUGAAGAGAUGUAUGUUGAAGCAACAUCGGAAGAGGACAUGAAAGAUCAGCAUGGUCAUUGUGUCUUUAAGAAAGUGUACAAAUGCUUGAAAUGCGCGUAUGUCUCGGACCGUCCCUCCAGAAUGAAAGAGCAUUGCAGGACAUGCUAUUUCUCUGAUCCAUUGUACGGCUGCAAAUACUGCGGCAAAGCCUACAGGGUGAAGCGCAAUUUGAUACGUCAUUUGAAGAGCGAUCAUGUAGAGAAUGACGACUGGACCAUGAACCCAAAUGCAGGGUCAUCAUCAAAACGCCAUGUCUGUGAAAAGUGUUUCUAUGAGACUUCAAAACCCUCCAGAUACAGGGAACAUCUCCAGAUCUGUGGAGUCACCAACGACAAGUUUGAAUGCAUUCUCUGUGAAAAAGUCUUCAAGAUAAAGCGCUACCUGAAUAAGCACAUAAAAACCCAUAUGACUGGUAAAAAGUUCUAUUGCAAACUGAAAUACUGCCGUUUCAAAACGGAGGCAAUAGAAGAAAUGAAGAAACACAAAGAUGAUCAUCAGUCAAGCGAGACUGUUGAUAUUCUGAAGCCAGAGUUUCGCCUGAGUCUUGAAGGCAAAAUUAAGAAUGAGUCUGUAGAUGUGGAUGAAUCUGUAGAUGCAGGUGAAUCUGACAAUACAACAGAGUACAAGGAGUCUCCGGACGACCCUGACGAUGAGAGCCAAGAUACAGCAGCUGACAAUGAGGACAAUGAGGCCAGUGAGAAUUACGAGGAAAUGGAAGAGGAAACUGAAGGUGAAAAUUGAACACUCUGAUAUCCUAACAGUCCCAUGGAUGGUUUAAUUGUUGAAAUAUAUAUCCUGUGCUCUGGGAAUAAGGCUUUUAUGGGUAAAUAUCGCCCAAGAUUAGUCUGUGCAGUCCACACAGGCUAAUCAGGGAGGAUACCUUCUUUUAUUUUAUUUUUCAUCUAAAGGAAGUCUCAUCAUAGCCAAAAUCUAGUUUAGGCAUAUUGUUGUCUCUGAUAAGCCUGUGCAGACUGCAUAGGCUAAUCUGGGACAAUACAAUGCACAUGCUUUAAGCCCUGUUUUCCCAGAGCGAUGCUUAUGUUCAUAAUAGGUUUCGUUAAAAGUUCUUGAAAUGCUGUUGCUUUAACUUUGAAGGUGUCAGUCAUAACUUGACAAUGAAUGGGCAGGCUUCAUUAUGCCUGGUCAGUUUCAGUGAGAACAGUUUCCUACUUUUUGUUUCUAAGCAUUUUCUACUUUUUGUUUCUAAGCAGAUUAUUACCAAUGUUAAUUUGAUGUAAAUGUAUGUAUUACACUUGUGUACAUUAUGUCAUUGUUUUUGUUAAUUGGCAAGCUAAGCAUAUCUGUAAAUGAGGUGAACUUAGUAGUUAUUGUGCUCACAUGCUUGCAGUUUAGUUUUGUUUGGUUAAUAUGUUAGUUAAGUGCAAGUCACAAAGUGAGUAUGAAAUUGUUGCAUCUGAACUUCAAUCACAGAACAAUUGUUGUUUUUUAGCUCACCUUUCACGAAGUGACAUGGUUAGCUUAUGUGACUGUGUGAUGUCCGGCGUCUGUUGUGUGUGCGUGCAUGUGUGCGUGCGUGCGUCAGUCAACAAUUUGUUUGUGUAGAUAGUAGAGGUCACAGUUUUCAUCCAAUCUUUAUGAAAUUUGGUCAGAAUGUUUAUCUUGAUAAAAUCUGGGUUGGGUCAUCUGGGGUCAAAAACUAGGUCACUAGGUCAAAAACUAGAUCACAUAAAAGGUCAAAUAAUAGAAAAACCUUGUGUAGACAAUAGAGGUCACAGUUUUCAUCCAAUGUUUAUGAAAUUUGGUCAGAAUGUUUAUCUUGAUGAAAUCUGGCUUUGGAUAGUAUUUGGGUCAUCUUUGGUCAAAAACUAGGUCACAAGGUCAAAAACUAGGUCAAAUAAUAGAAAAACCUUGUGUAGACAAAAGAGGUCGCAGUUUUCAUCCAAUCUUUAUGAAAUAUGGUCAGAAUGUUUAUCUUGAUGAAAUCUGGCUAUGGAAUGUAUUUGGGUCAUCUGGGGUCAAAAACUUGGUCACUAGGUAAAAAAACUAGGUCAAAUAAUAGAAAAACCUUGUGUAGACAAUAAAGGUCGCAGUUUUUAUCCAUUCUUUAUGAAAUUUGUUCAAAAUGUUUAUCUUGAUGAAAUCUGGGUUGAUAUUGUAUUUGGGUCAUCUGAGGUAAAAAACUAGGUCACUAGGUCAAAUAAUAGAAAAAACGUCAACAAUUUGUUUGUGUAGACAGUAGAGGUCACAGUUUUCAUCCAAUCUUUAUUAAAUUUGGCCAGAAUGUUUAUCUUAAUGAAAUCUGGGUUGCGAUUGUAUUUGGGUCAUCUGGGUCAAAAACUAGGUCACUAGGUCAAAAGCUAGGUCACUAGGUGAAAUAAUAGAAAAACCUUGUAUAGACAAUAGAGGUCGCAGUUUUCAUCCAAUCUUUAUGAAAUUUGCUCAGAAUGUUUAUCUUGAUGAAAUCUUGGUUGGGAUUGUAUUUGGGUCAUCUUGGGUCAAAAACUAGGUCAAAUAAUAGAAAAACCUUGUGUAGACAAUAGAGGUCACAGUUUUCAUCCAAUCUUCAUGAAAUUUGGUCAGAAUGAUUUUCUUGAUAAAAUCUGGGUUGGGAUUGUAUUUGGGUCACCUGGGGUUAAAAACUAGGUCAAUAGGUCAAAUAUUUGAAAAACCUUGUGUAGACAAUAGAGGUCACAGUUUUCAUCCAAUCUUUAUGAAAUUUGGUCAGAAUGUUUAUCUUGAUGAAAACUGGGUUGGGAUUGUAUUUGGUUAGUCAGGUGAGCGAUUCAGGGCCAUCAUGUCCCUCUUGUUUGGUCAUGGUGAUUACUAGUACAUUAAUUUGUUAAUUGCUGUUUGAAGUAUGCCAUUUUUAAUUAUAUUGAUAUUAUUGAAACAUCGUUUUUGCCUUCAUUUUGUAUCUGGAAAUGGUACAUUAUUGAUUCAGCUCUGUAAUAAAAUGGGACCAUAUUAGUUGUUUUGAAUAUACAUGCAGCUGUACUUUUGUUAAUUUUCUGGUGAGAGGAGCAUGUACAUUAUAAACCACAAGCUUUCAGUCUGUAUAAUAUCUACUGACUUGCAAGACAUACACACUUUUAAAUCAGGAUAGUUUGAAGAUGUGUACUAAUAAUAUCAAAUGUUUGAUAGCAUUUAAAGCUUAUUUUCUUUAUUUGCAGAUGUUUUAUUUUAUUGUGUCUUACUUUGCAUAACCCAUAUAAUUUACAUGCACAUAAAUGAACCAGGGACUAUGUAAUUAUUAAUUUGGGAAGUUGCAGAUAAAUGAACUUAAUUGGAUGGUUUGCUGUUUUAUAAUUAUGUUAUUAAAUCUAUAAUUGAACUAUGUUCACA